AUGGGGCAAUAUCAGCAGUUAAAUAUUCCUGAAGACCAAGCAGACAAGUUGCUCCUUGCAAGCUGGGGUCUUCCUAAGGCAGUUCUGGAGAAAUACCACAGUCUGGGAGUAGUACAGAUGUUUGAAUGGCAAGCAGAAUGCCUAAUGCUUGGACAAGUUCUGGAAGGGAAGAACCUAGUUUACUCAGCUCCUACCAGUGCUGGAAAGACUCUUGUUGCAGAAUUGCUUAUUUUGAAACGAGUCCUGGAGACUCGUAAGAAAGCUCUUCUCAUCCUUCCCUUUGUCUCUGUGGCCAAGGAGAAAAAAUGUUAUUUGCAGGCCCUGUUUCAGGAGGUGGAUGUGAGAGUUGAAGGCUACAUGGGAAGCAUGUCUCCUGCUGGACGCUUCUCUGCCCUGGAUGUUGCUGUCUGCACCAUUGAGAAAGCCAAUGGUCUAAUCAAUAGACUAAUAGAAGAAAACCAAAUGGACUCACUGGGAGUGGUGGUUGUGGAUGAGUUGCACAUGCUGGGAGACUCUCAUCGAGGAUAUCUGCUGGAACUCCUUCUGACCAAAGUCAGAUAUGUUACAGAGAAGGUUGCAAAACGACAGGCAAAGAUGACCAGUCCUGGUUUUGGUGGGAUACAGAUAGUAGGCAUGAGUGCUACUCUCCCUAACUUGGGACUCCUUGCCUCAUGGUUAGAUGCGGAGCUAUACUGUACGGAUUUUCGCCCUGUGCCCCUCAAGGAGUGGGUGAAAAUUGGCAGCAACAUUUAUGACUCCUCCAUGAAUUUAGUGCGAGAAUUCCAGCCCAAGCUUCAACUGAAGGGAGAUGAAGACCAUGUUGUGAGCCUGUGUUAUGAGACUGUUUGUGAUGGCCGUUCAGUCCUGCUUUUCUGUCCAUCCAAGAAUUGGUGUGAGAAGCUGGCAGACAUCAUUGCCAGGGAAUUCUACAGCUUGCAACAGGCUGAGAGUUCUGCAAAAACCUCAGCCCUUGCCCCAGUUGUUGUGGACAGAGAAGGGAUUGAAGAGGUUCUGGAUCAGCUAAAGCGUUCUGUCUCAGGCUUGGACUCAGUGCUCCAACGUACUUUGCCAUGGGGAGUGGCAUUUCAUCAUGCAGGCCUUACUUUUGAUGAACGGGACAUCAUUGAAGGAGCCUUUCGCCAGGGCUUGAUUAGGGUCCUAGCAGCAACCUCCACGCUCUCCUCUGGAGUGAAUUUGCCUGCGCGCCGAGUAAUUAUACGAACUCCCAUGUUUGGUGGCAAACUGCUGGACAUUCUCACUUACAAGCAGAUGGCUGGAAGGGCUGGCAGGAAAGGAGUAGACACAGAGGGUGAGAGCAUUUUAGUUUGUAAGCCCUCAGAAAGAUCAAAAGGAACUGCUCUGCUUCAGGGAUCUCUCAAGCCUGUUUCCAGCUGUUUGCUUAGAAGAGAAGGGGAAGGUAUUGCUUCUAGCAUGAAAAGAGCCAUACUUGAGAUCAUAGUUGGGGGAGUGGCCAGCACUCCAGAUGAUGUGCAGACCUACGCUUCUUGCACUCUUCUUGCAUUCAGCUUGAAAGAAAGCAAGUGGGGAAUUGAGAAAGCACAAGACAAAGCGCAGACUGGACCUAUCGAGGCUUGUGUGGCGUGGUUGCUGGAAAAUGAAUUCAUUCAGGUUCUGGAAUCCAGCAAUGAUGUCAAAGCAAAGGUGUAUCAUCCAACACAUCUUGGCUCAGCUACUCUUUCCUCUUCUCUUUCACCAACUGAAGCCAUGGAAAUCUUUGCUGACCUGCAGCGAGCUAUGAAAAGCUUUGUUCUGGAGAAUGAUCUGCAUAUUGUCUAUUUGGUCACCCCAGUAUAUGAGGAGUGGACCACAAUUGAUUGGUACCAGUUUUUCUGCUUAUGGGAGAAGCUGCCUGCCUCAAUGAAACGUGUGGCCGAGCUGGUGGGGAUUGAAGAAGGCUUUCUUGCUCGCUCUGUAAAGGGCAAAAUCAUAGCUAAAACAGAGAAGCAGCAUAGGCAAAUGGCCAUCCACAAAAGGUUUUUCACCAGUCUUGCCCUUCUGGAUUUAAUCAGUGAGGUUCCCUUAAAGGAUAUGACCAAGAAAUAUGGCUGUAGCCGUGGCCAGCUUCAAUCCUUGCAACAGUCUGCUGCCACCUAUGCAGGAAUGGUAACGGUUUUCUGUAAUCGACUGGGCUGGCACAAUAUGGAGCUGUUGCUCUCUCAGUUCCAGAGCCGCCUCACUUUUGGGGUUCACAGGGAGCUUUGUGACCUGGUACGAGUGUCUCUGCUGAACGCACAACGUGCUAGGACACUUUUCAACGCUGGCUUUGUCACAGUGGCUGAUCUUGCUAAAGCCAGUCCCGAUGAUGUGGCAACUGCUCUGAAGAAUUCAGUACCAUUCAAAAGUGUUCGUCGGGCUGUGGAUGAAGAUGAAGAAUCAGCAGAGGAGCGUCGGAAUGCGCGCAGCAUCUGGAUGGCUGGAAUGAAAGGCUUAACUGAAAGAGAAGCAGCUUCCCGCAUUGUGGAGGAAGCCAGGGGACUUCUCCAGCAGGAUUUGGCACUGAUGGGAGUACAUUGGAACCCAGAGUCUUUUCUUGAGACUGAUACAUCCUCUACAUUCAGCAGUGAGUCAGAACUGGAAGACAGCCUAGAUAGAUCAAGUGGAGAGCAGUCUUCUGAGUCUUCGAGGGUGUUAAACAAAAAAAGGUGCAGAGUUCAACAUCGUAAUGGCCCUGGUUCUCAGACUGGUAACUUAUCAAAUAUUAAAAAGGGGUAUAAAAGGCAACUAAGCGGCAGUACAGAAAACUCCAGAUCUGAGAGUGAAGUCCCAGGCAAUGAUGAUAUUGUGUACAGUGCUAGAAAACGGCCAAAUAUCUGCAGAGAUAAUGAAAAUGUAGAAGGAAUUUCUCUGGUCAAAACCAAGAUGGAUUCCAGGAAAGCAAUUCCAGAGAUCCCUAGUGAACAAGGAAAGACACCAAUAUUGAGAACAAAGUCUUCAGCAUCUAGAUUGAUAAAAAGUACGGACAUGCAUUUAAACAGAUCCAGAAACAAAAAUACUAUUUCCAAACUGCAGAGAUCACUUCUUGAAGGUUCAAAUAAGCUCAGCAUAGACAUACAAAAGCCGCCUGCUUUCCACCCCACUAUCUCUACAGGUAAUUUUUUUUCAGACCAAAAUAAUAAGGAAUUUAUGGAAACAGGGUCUGUAACUCGUAAAGUCUCAAAUCCUGUACAGAUGCAGGAAGUUAAUUUUGGGAGGAAAAAUAAAAUGGAAGGAUUAUUUACAGAGCCUUCCAGCACUAAUGAAGGCAGGCCUAAGGGGAGAGCAUGUUUUCAGGCACCUGUUAGAUUGCAGGGUACUCCAAACAUGAGUGUGGAGACACACAAUAUUGCAGGAAGUCUAUUAAUACCUAGUAGUGCUAGGGCACAGAGAAAUGAAAAUACUGAUGUUAAGCAGAAUAAAAUUAAUAAAGUGAAAACAGAUGAAAGCUCUGGUGAAGUGGUGAUUGGAAGGCAGCAAAUGGCUUUAGACACAGAUCACGAUAAUGUAACUGCUACCUGCUCUGGAAGUGGAGAUAUCAAUCGUGGCAGCAAGAUACAGAAGCCUGUGCAUUUUUGUCCUAGUGAGGAUAAAUCCUGCCAUAUUCAGAUUCACAAUAGUGGCAACAAUGGAAGCAAAAAGCCCAAUGGAAUAUUGUUACAAGCUGGAGCGCUGCAGAAAACCAACAGUCAUCCUAAGGAUUUUCUGAAAGACUCUCUAGUAAAAUCCAGAGGUGUUUGCAAUGCAGAUGAUGUUCAGAAUGGUCCAUCCUCUAAUCUGUUCUCUAGUAAAGACUCUCUAGGAAAAUCCAGAAGUGUUUGCAAUGCAGAUGAUGUUCAGAAUGGUCCAUCCUCUAAUCUGCUUUCUGACUGUAGAGACUUUGAAGAGAGCUUCCAGUUGGAUACUCAAACUGAAAUGAUAAUAAAACAGGAGGGAGCAGCUGGAAUCUCAGGACAGCAGGGAAUACAAGGUUCAGAACUGGCAGCAGGACCACGACAGGAAAUCUCCAAGAAACUAAGCACUUCACGGACUGAGAACGCUACUGAUGAAAGGCUGGCUGCAACAGUUAGGAAACUGGGCUUAUCGAGUCUAAUCACAACAAAUAAUGUUACAAAAAACACAGCUCAGCACUGCAGUAAUAAAGUUUUGGAGUCUGGAGGCCUUGAUUUACAGCCCGUGGCGAAGGAAAUAGAAUCUGCACCUUGCCUUAAAGACAGCGAUUUCUCAGUGACUGACUCCCAGCUACACAGUUUUCUACAAGAUUACCAGACCCAAAAUUUAGUGAAAGGGGAGAGUGUACCUAAAGACCUUAGUAAGGCAACCUCCCCUUUUGGUAAGGAGCACAUUGUACAAGUAGAAUGCCACUCUGGUCCCGAAACAAGCCUGAAUAUGAGUGAUAGCUUGCUGUUUGAUGAUAGCUUCAGUAAUGUCGGAGACCUUUCAGCUGUUCACAUUGUGGAAGCUGACAGAAAGGACCUAGUGGAGAAGCAAGAGGCUUUGCUUCCUGCAGAUGGUCUUUUGCAGAACCUAAGGUCUGUUCAGAGUAAGUUUGAUAUCAGUGGCAAUCAGAAAGACCAUGAGGAUCCUGUGCAGCAUAACAAUGUGUCUCUAGCAUUCUCUGAUCUAAUAGCUGAAUUUUUAGAUCAUGCAAACUCACCAUCUUUUCUGGAAGAUCUUCCUUCUCCAUUUCAUGGUCAGUCAGGAUUAAUAAACCCCGUGACUUGUAACAGUGACCCCAGACCAAAGGAUUUAGUAGGAGAUCAAGGUGAAAAGCUCCAGAGAAGCCAGCAAGCUUUAGAUAAGAAAACCCAUCCAGUGGUGUGGACUGACCACUCGUUUGAAUUAAGCCCAGGGUUGCAGGAUGUAUUAGACAAAUGGCCUAGUCCCUCAGGCAUUGAACCAGUUUCAGUAAGCUCCUGUUUGAAAGGAAAAUUAGUUGCUCCUAUUGUUAAUCAAGAGCCAGAUCCAGUUUUAAAAUCUGACUGUUGUCAGCCAGAGCCUUUACCCACUUGUCAGCAUUUAAAAAGCUCCUUCAAGGUUAAAAAAAAGGGAACAGAAAACGUGGAUCUUCAGGAAACAGACUGCAUAACACUUCCACUCAAGGGAAGCAACAGAAAAUCCUGUCCUUCACCGGAUAAUAAUAAUGCAUUUAUUCCUCCAACACCCCCCAAAGAACUUUUUCCAAAGAGUUCUGUUUCUCUCUCUGUGAAAUCUGCAAGGAAGAAACAAGUUGCCUGCAGGAACGAAGGGCAGCUGGUUCAGCCACAGCAGAAUAGCGAGGGCAGCGUGGAGCAGCAGGUAAAAACACUCCAGGUCAAUCUUGGGAGUGUAGACCCCGGUGAGACUGAUGAGAUAAAAGAUGAUUCCAUUAUAGACCAAGGCUUUUCACUGCAGCUAUCUCAGGAUGUUUUUCCACUCGUUCCCUUAAGUGCUGAAAGUUUCACUAUUAUUGAUGUAGCAAGUGAUAAAGCACUUUUCCAGACUUUUGUUGCAGAAUGGAAGGAGAAAAGCAGAUUCUCCAUCUCAGUGGCAUGUGAAAGAACAAAAUGUCUUAUGUCUCCCAAAUCAACGAUUGGUGGCAAAUUCAAAAAAGUAACUUCUCCUCAGCGGAUGCAAGUUGAAGAUGAUGGAUUUCCUGUCCAAGGCUGUGAGGACAUCUUGGUAGUUGGACUGGCAGUAUGUUGGGGUGGAAAGGAUGCCUACUAUAUCUCUUUGCAGCAGAUACAAGACCAGACUGAAAUCAGUAUGAGUUUGGCACCACCACCUUUGGACAAAAACCUGUCUGUAGCAGAGAGACUGUAUCAUCUGCAGCUGUACCUGCAGAAGAAGCCCAAGCAGGAACGCUCACUUGUCAUGUAUGACUUCAUUCAGCACUACAAGACUCUGGUGAUGGCUUGUGGCAUCUCCUUGGAAGGCAGUUUUGAGGACCCAAAGGUUGCAUGUUGGCUGCUUGAUGCUGACUCUAAGGAACGUACACUUCACAACAUGGUGACUAACUUUCUCCCCAGUGAGCUACCUCUACUGGAAGGGGUAGGCACCGGCCAAGGGGUGCAGAGCCUGGGGCUUAGUGCCAGCAGAGAUCAUUCUGGGCGAUACAGAGCAGCGAUAGAGUCUGUGCUUGUCUUCAACGUCAUGAACCAACUCCAUGAUGAAUUACAGAAGGAAAAUCUCACAGAUGUAUUUUCUAAAGUGGAGAUGCCCACCCAUUAUUGCUUGGCUCUGCUGGAGCUGAAUGGCAUUGGUUUUAGCACAACAGCGUAUGAAACCCAGAAACAGGUGAUGCAAGCUAAACUGAGCGAGAUUGAGACCAAAGCCUAUCAGCUGGCAGGCCACAGCUUCUCCUUGACCAGCCCUGAUGACAUUGCAGAGGUUUUGUUCCUGGAGCUGAAGUUGCCACAAAAUGGAGAUGUGAAAGUUCAAGGGAACAAGAAAACUCUGGGUUACACAAGAAGAGCAACUGCUAAAGGCAACAGGGUUAGGCUGAGCAAGCAGUUCAGUACAACCAAGGAUGUUUUGGAGAAAUUAAAGACACUUCACCCGUUGCCAGGGCUGAUAUUGGAAUGGAGGAGGAUCAACAAUGCCAUUACUAAAGUGGUGUUUCCACUACAGAGGGAAAAGCGACUGAAUCCUGCACUGGGAAUGGAAAGGAUAUAUCCAGUGUCACAGACUCACACAGCUACAGGUCGAAUAACCUUCACGGAGCCAAAUAUCCAGAAUGUGCCAAGAGAUUUUGAGAUUGAAAUGCCAACUGUGGUUGAGGAAAGCCCACCUUCCCGAGCCCAUGGAAAUGUUAAUUCUCGUGCUGUUUCUGGGGGCAGAUGUAGAAAGCGUUCCAGCAUUUUGCUUAACAGCCUAAAAUUUCAGGCUGAAGACAGAUCUGAAGAAAGAGGAAUACCAUUUUCUGUCAGCAUGAGACAUGCUUUUGUUCCCUUCCCAGGUGGCUUAAUCUUGGCUGCUGAUUACUCUCAGCUUGAACUGAGGAUCCUUGCUCAUUUGUCUUCGGACUGUCGACUCAUUCAAGCCUUGAACGGGGGUACUGAUGUCUUUAAGAGCAUUGCAGCAGAAUGGAAAAUGAUUGAUCCUGAAGCUGUUGGAGACAGGACCAGGCAACAAGCUAAACAGAUUUGCUAUGGAAUCAUCUAUGGAAUAGGAGCAAAGUCUUUAGGCGAGCAGAUGGGGAUUGAUGAAGAUGAAGCUGCCAAUUACAUUGAAUCCUUCAAAUCAAGAUACACAGGGAUUCAGAAAUUCUUGAGGGAGACAGUGAAGAGCUGCAGAAGAGAUGGGUUUGUGCAGACCAUCCUGGGAAGACGGAGAUACUUGCCAGCUAUCAAAGAUUCCAACCCUUACAGUAAAGCUCAUGCAGAGCGACAGGCUGUGAAUACAACUGUUCAGGGAUCUGCUGCAGACAUUGUCAAAACAGCCACUGUGAACAUUCAGAGACGCCUGGAAGCUUUCUCCUCUGUGAUCAAGUCCCAUGGACAUCUGGAGAGCUCCUUCCAGAGAGAUACGACAGGAAAGCUGGCGAGGAAGAACAACAGAGGGAUGUUACAUCCCAUCAGCGGAGGUUUCUUCAUCCUCCAACUCCAUGAUGAGCUCCUCUAUGAAGUUGCAGAGGACGACGUCAUCCAGGUUGCUCAGAUUGUCAAGCACGAGAUGGAAAACGCCAUCAAGCUCUCGGUAAAACUUAACGUUAAGGUGAAAAUUGGACCAAGCUGGGGAGCCCUGCAGGACCUGGAGCUCUGACUCGAAAUGCAGCCGUCUCACAUGUGGUGAGGCCGAAGGCACCUUGGACUGGGCAUGGUGAGAGCCAGCGUUCUCGCAGGCAGAGAGGGACUGGUGUGUGGUGUGAUCCUCCUGUGUCAUGUUUCUACAGACGUUGUAGCAGGCUGCCUUCUGAAAUGUGGGGUAGAAGCUGAUAUGAACUCACCAAGCCAAACCCUUCAGAGGUCAGACAGCGCGUUUACAGAACCGGGAAAGUAUUAAUUGCUAAAAGCACAGUAUUUAAAUGAAUUCUGUUAAAAUAAGCUUGAUCUUGUAAUUUAAAACAAAACUCUAGAGCCUAAUGGAUUUAUUACAUAUGAAAUGAGCUGGAUUAUUCUAAUAAAACAAAGCACAAGGAUAA